AUGGUGCAGACCACCACGAUCAUUGCACCACCACCAUGGCCAUCGUACCUACAUCUCACCACCUGCAACCUCAACACAAUCGACCGUCACCACCAUUGCUACCAUCCACCGCCACCCUAUUAUCUCCUGCAUCACCACCCUUUUCCUGUUUUAUGUGAAACCCUAAAAUCGGUACCAACAGCUAAUAAGUUGCUCAGGAUUUGCAUUUACUCCUGUUGA